AUGGCAAAAAGUUUAAGAAGAAAAUGGAAAAAGAAAAUGCGAGCAGAAACGAGGAAAAAUAAUGUACUCAAGGAGCUUACUCAGCUCAAGAAAAUGUUGGCCUUUAGUGACAGUAGGGAUGUUUCAAUGAAGAGUUUGAAAGAUGCAGUAUCUGUAGUACCACCUAAAAUUAAAGGGACUGCAGAUGCUGACAUGAAAAGUGUUAAUGAUUGUGGGACCCACGUGAAAAUGUAUAUUAAAAGGAAUAAAAUGACUAUGCUGGAUCAGAACGGGCAAAAUCACAUAUGGAUGAGUCAAAGGCAAAGAAAGAAGCUUAAAGAGAAGCAAAAAAAAUAA